AUGACCGCGCCGGGAUGCGUCGCAUGCGAUGGCAAGGGGUGGUAUUGCUACCCGUGCCCGGGCUGCGCCGGCGAGGGUCGCGCCGGCGAGUGCACCACCUGCCACGGAGACUUCAGGACGUACAAGGGGUUCUGCGGCAACUGCGCGGGCUGGGGCAAGGAGAAGUGCAAGACCUGCUGUGGCAGCGGCGAACUCCGGCCGGACUGCACAUGCCCGGCCGCGGAGGAGCGGCAGCGAAAGAUCAAGGAGCUGGCCUCGAGAUGGAAGUCUUAG